AUGUCUAUGGAUGCUUUGACAGACGUUUCCAAGACAACGGCUCAGAGAGAUCGAUCUGUGGCGGCAACAUACACACCAGAGGAACAGGUAUUUCAUCGAUUAUUUCAUCAGAUCCCAUUAUCAGAAAAACUAGUAGAAUCUCGUCAAUGUGCUUUAUUAACAAAGAAAAAAAAAUUCGCUCGAAUGGGAACACUUUAUGCAUCUUCACUUCGCCUAUGUUUUAGUUCUUCCUUUUUGAAAGAACCGGUUAUGAUGCGUUGGGAGGACGUGAUUUCCGUUAAAAAAGGAACAAGCUUUCUUUUUGAAGCGAUUUUUGUGAAAACAAAAGGACAGGAGGAAUACAUUUUUUCUGGGUUUUUGUCGGGAGGGACAGGCCAAACAUUUAAGUUACUUAAGACUUUAUGGACAGUUCGUGCAAGAUACGCCUUUUCAGAGACGCCAACGCAAUUCCCACAAGCAUCACAAAUUGAUUCCCCUUUGAAAGAACCCGGUUCUGGAUCUUGUCAUUCAUCCGAAGCAUCAUCUUGUAUAAAUGAUGAAAUUACUGGGAAAAAUGAGGAUGAAAAGCCCACAAUUACUUUAGCCCCCUUGUUAAAGCCAACCCAUUCAGAAUUUAAUUUAUUUAAUCCAACUUCCGGCUUCGGCACGAAUGAUUUAGAUUCCACUGAAUUUUCUGUGGCAACUCAAGAUACGGAAGAAAAGACACGUGGCUCUUAUAUCCCACGGACUUCUUCAACACCCAAAGGCGCCCUUUUGGAAAAGUUUGACGAACUACACUCUUUUUCAAAGGUUCCUAAAUCAGAACCAUUAAUUGAUUACUUUCAAUGCAGCUAUGUCUGUGGAGUCCAUCGAAUUGGGAGGCUUUAUAUUACAACCAACUACAUAUUAUUUUCCUCAGUAAUGAUGACGGAAUCACUUCAGAUUAGUUUUAGGGAUGUGCAGAGUAUUGAGAAGGAGCAAACGAUGAUGAUACUGGACGGAGUUGUUAUCAAACUUAUUGGCAAUGAAACCCAUAGUUUUACAAGUUUUGUUAGUCGUGAUGCCGCAUUUAACAUUUUGACACAUUUUUUUAAUGUGACAAAGGCGCUUAGCACACAACCACAGAAUCUACCUCAUUCUCUUCAAGAAAAUUGUACAAAUUCUGGGUUUAUUACCAAAACUAGCGAGCCAAAUGUUUCAGGGUUUCCUGUUGUUGAUUCACUUCAAGAAUUUUCUAAAGUAUUGACGGAUUACGGAACGGCAUUUAGUGAUUUUUCGUGUUUUACAAGGGAGCUUAUUGAUCCCAUCGUGCUACCAAAGGGCAAAACGGUCCUGGAUGUAUUUAAAGUUUGCUUUGACGAUAAUGCUUCCCUGUUGGAGGAAUAUCAUAGGGAUAGAAAGGACAGCAACCAAAAAUGGGAACCAUGGCGACCUGCGCAGACCGGCAGUCCUCAAUUUUCUGGUCAAAGAGUAUUCACUUGCACAACGAUAAUUAAGGCUUUGGUGUCCAAGUCGUGCCCAUUCACAGAAUACCAGCGGUACGCAUUUAUGAAUGUUGGGGGUCAUGAACCAACACUGGUUGUGCAGCUGUCAGGGCAAGCCGAGGGUCUUAUGUAUGCUGACGUUUUUCGUGCGGAGGCGUUGCUGGUUUUUACUCAAUCUGAUUCGGGUGUUGCAAUGCGUGUUUUUGGUUAUAUUCAGUUUCUUCGAGAUGUGUGGGUAAAAGGCAAAAUCCUGCGUACGUCACUUGAUAACGAGAUGCCAGUCUGCUAUAGAAAACUGGGGUCGAUGCUAAUAGAACGUCUUCAACAGGAAGGUGGGAUAUCAGGUGCAGAGGGACCCGAGAAAAGUUCCACGGAGUUGACCUCUUCGUGUGCUAAAGCGGUCUCGGGAACGCCCUUGGACAAAGCUUUGCUUCCGAGGGAGAGAGUUUUGCAAUGGGGUCGUGUAGUUCUAGGAUUGCUUGGGUUGAUGACGUGCUUGGGGGGAUUUUUCUCUGUGUUUCUGAUGAGGUUUGAUAGCAAUGCUCAUUUGAAACGAGGUGCCUCUAAGGAAAAUGUGCUGAUGGUUCAUUUAGUAAGCACUUUUUUCGAGUUUCUUCAACCCACUGUAAUUUCCGUUCUUGCAGUGGGUAUAUUGGCAUUUUAUAGGUUGACCACCGAUGCUUUGUUUUUAAUGGAAUAA